AUGGUCGCACCAGUCGCAACGCAAGAAGAAAAGGCAAAAGAAGACAAAUCAGCUAAAGAUGACAAGAAAAAAACCAAAGAGGAGAAGAAGGAUGAGAUGACGGAAGAGGACAAGAAGUUAGAGGAGGACUUGAAUAUGCUAGUACAACGACUCAGUGAAAAUGAUGUCAGUCUGUACCAGCCAUCUCUUGAAACUAUGCGAACGCUUAUCCGAGCAUCCACCACUUCCAUGACUUCGGUUCCAAAGCCUUUGAAAUUUAUGCGGCCUCACUAUAAUCAGAUGAAACAGAUCUUUGAGAAGAUGCAACCCGGCCCUACUAAAACCUUGUGCGCCGACAUUAUAUCGGUGUUAGCCAUGUGUUCAGAUGAAAAGAGUGACUGCAUCAAUUUUCGAAUGAAGGGGAUGCUUGAACCAAUCGGCGAUUGGGGUCAUGAAUAUGUUCGGCAUCUGGCUAUGGAGAUGUCCGAAGAAUGGAAACAAGCUUCUGAUGGGUCGGAGAAGAGCAAAGCUAGGCGUAACGAACUGCUAGUGCUGGCCAGGGACAUUGUGAUGCACAACAUGAAACAUAAUGCAGAGGUGGAAGCAUGUGAUUUACUGAUCGAAAUUGAGCGACUUGAUCUUCUUAUGGAAUAUGUUGAAGAAGUAGAUCAUCAGCGAGUUUGCCUUUAUCUUCUCAGUUGCGCUCCACUGACGCCUGAUCCAGACAACAUUAUACUGAUCCGAACUGCUAAGGACAUCUAUUUGAAGUACAAUCGGUAUCUCGAAGCUGUUCGAUGUGCUAUAAUGUUGAAUGACCCCACUGAAAUCAAGAACAUAUUUUCGAAGACUACUGACCUGCUUCUUCAGAAGCAAAUGGCUAUAUUGCUGGGAAGACAUCAGAUCUUUUUGGAUUUUGAAAAUAUGGCAAACGGCGAGCAACUAGGUGAACUGAAUUCGAAUGCUCAUCUCUACGAAUACUUUCAUUCUCUUGCUCGGGAACUGGACAUCAUGGAACCUAAGACUCCUGAGGGCAUCUACAAGAGCCACUUGGAACAUAGUCGACCUUUUGGAAACACAGCAGCGCCGGAUUCAGCACGUAUGAACCUUGCCGCUGCAUUCGUCAAUGGAUUUGUUAAUUGUGGAUUUGGAGUAGACAAAAUGAUGGCUGAAAGCGAAGAUGCUAGCAAAUGGUUCUACAAAAACAAAGAAUAUGGUAUGCUAUCCGCUGCUGCGUCUCAAGGCCUUGUUUGGAGAUGGGAUAUAGACUCUGGACUCGGACAGUGUGACAAAUUUUUAUAUGUCAAUGACGACUUCAUCAAGGCAGGUACUCUCCUAGCAAUUGGAAUAAUUUCUUCCGGAAUUCAAGAUGCCUGUGAUCCAGCGUCUGCAUUACUUAUCGAUCAUAUUCAUUCAGAAAGAGCCGUAAUUCGAGUUGGAUCUGUACUUGGCUUGGGCCUUGCUUACGCUAAUUCAAAGAGGGAAACUGUGGUCAAGAACGAAGAAGGAGGCGUGAUUUUUGAGCUAAAAAAGGUGCUUACUGACACAAAACCGUCAGCGACGAGCGAAGUAAAAGGUUUAACAGGCUUGGCUCUUGGUCUGAUAAUGGUUGGGACUGCCGAUCACACCGUAGCAAUGGAGAUGUUGCAAACCUUGAUGGAGCGUAGCGAGUCAGAGCUUAGCGACCCUAACAUGCGAUUUUUAGCCCUAGGAAUAGCUUUGAUUUUCCUCGGUACGCAAGAGAAGAGUGAGGUGUUUGUGGAAUCUUUGAGAUCUUUGCCUGAACCUUUCGGGCCCAUGGUGUCCACACUCGUUGAUGUUUGCGCAUAUGCUGGCACCGGUAAUGUGCUUAAAAUACAGAAACUCUUGCAUAUGUGUUCAGAACACUAUGAAACUGAGGACAAGAAGAAGAAGAAGGAUGAAAAAUCCAAGAAGGAUCCCAAAGAGAAAGAUAAAGACGCUAAGGUUGAUUUGUCAUCUCAGCAAGCGGUUGCUGUGAUUGGAAUAGGUCUCAUUGCUAUGGGUGAAGAUGUUGGAUCUCAGAUGGCUCUAAGGAUGUUUGGACAUCUAAUCAGAUAUGGUGAGCCAGUAAUCCGGCGAGCCGUGCCUCUAGCGCUGGCCUUGAUAUCAGUAUCUAAUCCUCAACUCAAUAUUCUGGAAACACUGAGUAAAUUUUCACAUGAUGCCGAUGCUGAUACUGCUCAUAACGCCAUAUUUGCCAUGGGUUUGGUUGGUGCUGGUACAAAUAAUGCACGAUUGGUAGCAAUGCUGAGAUCAUUAGCGAGCUAUCAUCACAAGGAUCAGGUCUCACUGAUGUUAGUACGGCUUUCUCAGGGACUUACCCAUUUGGGUAAAGGCACAAUGACCCUGAAUCCAUGGCAUUCUGAUCGUCAGCUACUCUGUCCUAGUGCUAUUGCUGCGUUACUCACUAUAUGCUUUGCAUUUUUGGACGCCAACAACUCGGUAUUGAACAAUCGACAACAUUACUUGCUUUACUCACUAGUACUAGCAAUGCAGCCUCGAAUGCUAGUCACAUUGUGCGAAGAUGAUAAGAAACCAGGACAGCUGAAACAAGUUGGGGUGACUGUGCGAGUUGGUCAAGCGGUAGAUGUUGUAGCUCAAGCGGGUAAGCCAAAAACCAUCACAGGGUUCCAAACACAUACUACCCCUGUCUUACUGGCAUACGGUGAACGAGCCGAGUUGGCCAAUGAAGAGUAUAUAUCUAUGACACCGUACUUGGAAGGUCUGGUGAUAUUGAAAAAGAAUCCGGAUUACGAUGUGCCUGUGGCAGCUAAGAAAUGAAAAUAAUAAUUGUGUUGAUCUGUGUUUCAUUGAUCUUUGCUUAAAUUUACACAAAAUUAUUGUGACAGUGUUGGAGCUUCGAAUGUUGUUUGUCUGUCCUAGGGUAGAUUAAUGCAAUGUAUCUAUGAAUAAUAUCUCUUAAUAAUCUAUUGGUGUAGCACUUUUGAUCUUGUACGGUUUCACCUCAACACAUCUGCGACUAGGUGUGACGAGUUUUUACGAAUAAAAUAAGUUCGAUA